AUGCCUCUCCAUCAUACGUCCCUUUCCACAAGGCCCUGCGCCCAAUCCGGCGGUACUCUCCAGAACCCAUGCCUCGUCAUGUCCUUGCCGAACCUGAACGACAAGAAUAGAUCACCACCCCGGCGGCAUGUCAACAUCCCGCCACCCCGAUCAAGCCCCGAGAGCACCAUCUCCCCCCUUCCGACCUCCCCAUACGCGCGUUACCAGGGAAUCCUCGCGGAUCUAGGUCGGGUGGAGACGGAGGUGGGGACCUCGGGUCGGGGCGGCGGAACUGGGCCGUCUGUAUCAACCUUUGGGCUCACGAGGGCGCAAUGCCCAGCGGCCUGUGCACAAUGCGGCGGCACUUUCCAGGACCCAAGCCCUGUCCUGGCCGAUCCGGACGGCAAGAACAGCAAUCUGGCCCUGUGGCUGGAGCCAAAGCUCAUAGACAACAACGGCAAGCACGGUGGCCAAGACAAGCAAGCCAUGUCCUGGGAGGCAAUUCUCGAGGUCACGGCUGAUGACCUGCCCCGCCUGAUGCGAGAAGGCUUCCAUUGGACAGCGGCCAACAUUCAUCCGGAGGAGGGCUUCGUGGAGGCCGAGCAAGUUCCGGACGGGACGAAGGAGGAAUACUGGACCUGCAGUCGCAAGUACUUCCUAGCGGAUUUGGCCAAAGAACCCCAGUGGGCCGCGUGGCUCACCAUCUAUGCCUCCAAGCUAGAGGUCCUGUCCCGGUUCAAGGUGCAGGACCUGACACCCGACUUGGUUACCGGCGCGGAGGGGUUGAAUAAGGGCCGGCUGGUGUAUGGGUACGAAUCCUCGGAUCCCCGCGAGAACUUCAACUCUAUCUACGACGAUAUGCCAAUGGAAGGCUGGUGGCCGUGGCCUAAGGGAGAAGCAGACACUGCUGUGGUGAAGCGUGGGGAGAGUCUGAUUUGA